ACAAGUCGCGACACUCCAGCAAGAUGAGGACCACUUUGACCCUCCUCCUCCUCGGCGUGGUGGCCACCGGAGCCCAGGAGUCCUCCGUUGACCCUGGCGGCAGUGGCAACUGGCAGUGUCCGGACGAGUUCGGUUUCUACCCCCACGCCGUCUCCUGCGACAAGUACUACUCUUGCGACGCAGGCGUCGCUACGCUCAAGACUUGCGGCAAUGGGCUCGCCUUCGACGCCUCCGACAAAGAGUUCCUGCGUGAAAACUGCGACUACAGACACAACGUUGACUGUGGUGAUCGGCUGGAGUUGGAGCCCGCCAUCUCCACACCUCACUGCCCCAACCUCUACGGCAUCUUCCCGGAUCCUGAUGACUGUGCUGUCUUCUGGUCCUGCUGGGACGGUGAGGCCUCCAGGUACGCCUGCACUCCUGGUCUCGCCUACGACAGAAAGUCCCGCGUAUGUAACUGGAUGGACAACAUCCCCGAGUGCAAGGCCCAGAGAGCUGCCAUGCAGCAGGAUUUCGUGUGCCCAGCUGCUGGAGAAUUAACAGCCACUGGUGGCUUCUCUCGCCACCCUCACCCUGAGGACUGCCGACAGUACUUCGUCUGCCUCGACGGCGUCGCCCGCGAGUAUGGCUGUCCCAUCGGCACAGUCUUCCAGAUCGGUAACCAGGACGGCUUCGGCCAGUGUACCGACCCCGAGGAUGUUCCCGGAUGCGACGACUACUACGGCGAUCUGGACCUGGCCGGCCUCCGGAAGAGUCAGCUCCUCCUGGGCAACCUUGGCCUGCAGGACGGAGGUAGCGCCGCCAAUGUCCACCGCCCUCGUCGCCCAGUUGCUGCCGCCCCGGCCGCCCCAGCUGAGGCGCAAACAGACGCCGCGCUCCAGGCCUAAGUGACAACAGCGAAGACUACUAUGGCGACUUAGAUCUGAGAACUCUCCGCGGUCUUGGCUUGUAAAAGGAUAAUUUAAAAAAAAAUUAUUAAGACAGGCAUGAACUCCAUGUUUUCUUUAUCUGAAUGUCUGACACCGUCCAUUUUCUUUGCAGACAACAUAUUCUCCGUUAUGUUUUACAAAGAAAAAAGGUUCAGACGUCUUUAAAGGCUUCGUGAUUCACAGAUUCACACGUAUUCAUCCUAUACUGCCUUCUAAUCUUCUUGUUUUCUCCCCUGAUAUAUAAUAAAAUUCAUUCCCCCGAUAUACGUUCAGUCCCCACAACACCCCCCCCCCCCCACAUACCAUACAGACUUCCUUACUAGUCAGGCUUGUCUUAUUUUGUACUUAACUUGUCAACAAGAUCAUGACAAGAGAGCGUUCAGUAUUAAGUCUUACCGUCCCUGACUAUACACAAUUUUGUAUACAAUUAUCAAACACAAGAUGCCUGUUCGCAUUAUAUUUUAUACCGUGUAUUCCGUAAGCCGUGUAUGGCUUGUGUCUGUUGUAUAUUGUUAAGUUGUACAAUACUAUUAAGUAUUUUGUAAAUAAAAUAUUGCCAGAA